GAAUUUUCUCAUUUUUACCACUCCACCCCUCUCUCCUUCUUCAGACUCAAAAAUUAAAAGGAAAAACUGAAUUUCCCAUGGCAGUUGGUACCAUUUGCCAACCCCUGCAAAUAAAAUACGCAUGAACUGAAAUUCCAAAAUCGGUGCCGCCAUUAAUAACAAAAACUCAGAGAAACAUACAAAGUACGAUAAGAAAAGUGUGACUGUUUGUGUUUUCUGUGAUCAGAUCUGAAGAAAAAUUAGAUAGGAUCCCUCUACACUAAUUUUUGUUCAGUGUAUGGAAAAUGGAGUACAUAGACAAUUUGCCUCCAAUGGAUAUGAUGCGUUCAGAAAAUAUGACAUUUGUACAGCUUAUCAUUCCUGUUGAGUCGGCUCACCCUGCUAUUACUUACCUUGGCCAACUUGGCCUUCUUCAGUUCCGCGAUUUAAAUGAUGAUAAGAGUCCUUUUCAAAGAACAUUUGUAAACCAGGUAAAAAGAUGCGCUGAGAUGUCAAGGAAACUACGAUUUUUCAAAGAUCAGAUACAAAAAGCUGGGCUGCUGCCUUCUCCACGUCCUGCUUCACAACCUGAUAUUGAACUGGAAGAACUGGAGAUACAACUUGCAGAGCAUGAACAUGAGUUGAUUGAAAUGAAUGCUAAUAGCGAGAAGCUAAGGCAAUCAUACAAUGAGUUGCUUGAGUUUAAGCUGGUAUUGCAGAAGGCUAGUGACUUCCUUGUCUCAAGUAGAAGUCAUACAACAGCUCAGGAAACAGAAUUAGAUGAAAACGUAUACUCCAAUCAUAACUAUUCAGAUACAGCAUCAUUACUUGAGCAGGAGAUGCAACCAGAACUUUCAAAUCAAUCUGGAGUAAGAUUUAUUAGUGGCAUUAUCUGCAAGUCCAAAGUUCUACAAUUUGAAAGAAUGCUAUUUCGUGCAACGAGGGGCAAUAUGCUUUUCCAUCAGGCAGUUGCUGAUGAAGAAAUCUUGGAUCCUACCUCAAAUGAAAUGGUUGAGAAAAUCAUCUUCGUAGUAUUCUUUUCGGGCGAGCAGGCGAGAACAAAAAUAUUGAAAAUAUGUGAGGCGUUUGGUGCUAAUUGCUAUCCUGUUCCUGAAGACAUGACCAAGAGGAGGCAAAUAACUCGAGAAGUUUUAUCUCGGCUAUCUGAAUUGGAAACCACUCUGGAUGUUGGAUUACGUCAUCGAGAUAAAGCCUUAACAUCUAUUGGGUUUCACCUCACAAAAUGGAUGAACAUGGUUAGAAGGGAAAAGGCUGUUUAUGACACAUUAAAUAUGCUGAAUUUUGAUGUCACAAAGAAGUGUCUAGUUGGAGAGGGCUGGUGUCCGAUAUUUGCAAAGACUAAGAUACAAGAGGCUUUGCAACGUGCGACAAUUGAUAGCAACUCACAAGUGGGAAUUGUAUUUCAUGUGAUGGGUGCUGUAGACUCACCUCCAACAUACUUCAGGACAAAUCGUUUCACAAAUGCAUAUCAAGAAAUUGUAGAUGCGUAUGGUGUUGCUAAAUACCAGGAGGCAAAUCCUGCUGUUUACACCAUUGUUACAUUCCCUUUCCUUUUCGCGGUGAUGUUUGGAGAUUGGGGUCAUGGAAUUUGCUUGCUGUUGGGAGCAUUAGUUCUCAUUUCUAAGGAAAGCAAGCUUAGCUCUCAAAAACUGGGCAGCUUUAUGGAGAUGCUCUUUGGCGGUCGCUAUGUACUCCUCUUAAUGUCAAUAUUUUCAAUUUACUGUGGCUUGAUAUAUAAUGAAUUCUUCUCUGUUCCAUUUCACAUAUUUGGUGGCUCUGCAUACAAAUGCCGAGAUGCUUCAUGCAGUGACGCAUAUACAGUCGGUUUAAUA